CCUGCGCAGGCUGCGCAGUGACAGGUGCAAGGCGCAGGUGCGGGAGCCGAGCGGAGCCGAGCGGAGCCGAGCGGAGCCGAGCGGAGCCGAGCGGAGCCGAGCGGAGCCGAGCGGAGCCGAGCCUGCUUCGGGCUGCAGCCGAGGCUCCUUGCGGGAGCCUGCGCUGCACACUAUGCGGAGAACCGUGUCCGAGAUCCGCCCUCGGGCGGAGGGCUACGAGAAGACGGACGAUGUUUCCGAGAAAACUUCCCUGGCUGACCAGGAGGAGGUCCGGACGAUAUUCCUCAACCAGCCGCAGCUAACCAAGUUCUGCAACAACCAUGUCAGCACUGCAAAGUACAACAUCAUCACAUUCCUGCCGAGGUUUCUCUACUCCCAGUUCCGACGCGCCGCCAAUGCAUUUUUCCUUUUUAUCGCAUUGCUUCAGCAAAUCCCAGAUGUGUCUCCCACAGGACGCUACACCACCUUGGUCCCCCUCCUGUUCAUCUUGGCUGUGGCAGCCAUUAAGGAGAUAAUAGAAGACAUUAAGCGGCAUAAAGCAGAUAAUGCAGUCAACAAGAAACAGACACAAGUUUUGAGAAAUGGGGCUUGGGAGAUUGUUCACUGGGAAAAGGUGGCAGUGGGGGAAAUAGUCAGAGUGACGAAUGGGGAGCAUCUCCCAGCAGACCUCAUCAGUCUGUCCUCCAGUGAGCCCCAGGCCAUGUGCUACAUUGAAACCUCCAACCUCGAUGGUGAGACCAACCUGAAAAUCCGGCAGGGUUUACCUGCAACAUCAAAUAUAAAGGACAUCGAUAGUCUGAUGAGUCUUUCCGGGAGGAUUGAGUGUGAGAGCCCGAACCGCCAUCUCUAUGACUUUGUGGGGAACAUCCGGCUGGAUGACCAUGGGACUGUUCCCCUGGGAGCCGAUCAACUCCUGCUCCGUGGAGCUCAGCUCAGGAACACCCAGUGGGUUCAUGGGAUAGUGGUCUACACCGGGCACGAUACCAAGCUCAUGCAGAAUUCCACAAGUCCUCCGCUCAAACUGUCCAACGUCGAGCGGAUCACAAACAUUCAGAUCCUGAUUUUAUUUUGCAUCCUGAUGGCCAUGUCUCUGGUCUGCUCCAUUGGGUCGGUGAUUUGGAAUCAAAGACAUUCGGGAAGGGAUUGGUAUCUCAACCUCAACUAUGGAGGUGCCAGCAACUCCGGCCUGAACUUCUUGACCUUUAUCAUUCUCUUCAACAACCUCAUUCCAAUUAGUUUGUUGGUGACUCUGGAAGUUGUCAAAUUUAUCCAGGCAUACUUCAUCAACUGGGAUGUGGACAUGCACUAUGAGCCCACCGACACCGCCGCCAUGGCUCGGACCUCCAAUCUCAAUGAAGAACUGGGCCAGGUAAAAUAUAUAUUUUCCGACAAGACCGGAACGCUGACCUGCAAUGUGAUGCAGUUUAAGAAGUGCACUAUUGCUGGAAUUGCAUAUGGCCAUUUCCCUGAGCAUGAGGAUUAUGGCUACCCUGCUGAUGCCUGGCAGGGCGCCCAGAGCGGGGAAGAGAAAGCAUUUAGUGAUUCAUCGUUGCUGGAAAAUCUCCAGAACAAUCAUCCAACUGCGCCUAUUAUCUGCGAGUUUCUCACCAUGAUGGCUGUCUGUCACACGGCAGUUCCAGAAAGAGAAGGAGACAAGAUCAUUUACCAAGCUGCAUCUCCAGAUGAAGGAGCGUUGGUCAGAGCAGCCAAACAGCUGAAUUUUGUCUUCACGGGAAGAACACCCGAUUCAGUCAUUCUAGACUCACUUGGGCAGGAAGAACGAUAUGAGUUGCUUAACGUCUUGGAAUUUACCAGCUCCAGGAAGCGGAUGUCCGUGAUUGUGCGCACGCCAUCGGGGAAGCUACGACUCUACUGCAAAGGAGCGGACACUGUCAUCUACGAUCGCCUGGCUGAGAGCUCAAGAUACAAAGAAAUCACCUUGAAACACUUGGAGCAGUUUGCUACAGAGGGGCUGAGGACUCUGUGUUUCGCAGUGGCGGAGUUGUCCGAGAGCGAGUUCCAGGAGUGGAGGGUCGUCUACGGGCGGGCCGCGGCUGCCGUCCAGAACCGGGCACUGAAACUCGAAGAGAGUUACGAGCUGAUCGAGAAGAAUCUGCAGCUUCUUGGAGCCACGGCCAUCGAAGACAAAUUGCAAGAUCAAGUGCCCGAAACAAUAGAAACCCUGAUGAAAGCCGAUAUCAAAAUAUGGAUUCUGACGGGGGACAAGCAAGAGACGGCUAUUAACAUUGGACACUCAUGCAAACUCCUAAAGAAAGACAUGGGGCUGAUCGUCAUCAACGAGGGUUCACUGGAUAGUACACGGGAGAAGCUGAGCCAACACUGCACUAGGCUGGGGGACGCUUUGAGGAAGGAAAACGAUUUUGCUCUCAUCAUCGAUGGCAAAACCCUGAAAUAUGCCCUGACGUUUGGCGUUCGGCAGUACUUCCUGGACCUGGCUCUGUCCUGCAAGGCCGUCAUUUGCUGCAGGGUUUCUCCUCUCCAGAAGUCGGAAGUGGUGGAAAUGGUGAAGAAGCAAGUUAAAGUCAUAACGCUGGCCAUUGGUGACGGCGCCAACGACGUCAGCAUGAUUCAGACCGCCCACGUUGGCGUGGGGAUAAGCGGAAACGAAGGGCUGCAGGCGGCUAAUUCUUCUGACUAUUCUAUCGCCCAGUUCAAGUAUUUGAAGAAUUUGCUGAUGGUCCAUGGCUCCUGGAACUACAAUCGAGUGGCAAAGUGCAUCCUGUAUUGCUUCUACAAGAACAUCGUCCUCUAUAUUAUUGAGAUUUGGUUUGCCUUUGUCAAUGGCUUUUCCGGACAAAUCCUCUUUGAAAGGUGGUGCAUCGGCCUGUAUAAUGUGAUGUUUACAGCCAUGCCCCCGCUUACUCUUGGGAUAUUUGAGCGAUCGUGCCGGAAAGAGAAUAUGUUGAAGUAUCCUGAACUCUACAAAACUUCCCAGAACGCACUGGACUUCAACACAAAGGUUUUCUGGGUGCAUUGUCUGAAUGGCCUCUUCCACUCGGUUAUUCUGUUUUGGUUCCCCCUAAAAGCCCUCCAAUAUGGAACGGUCUUUGGAAAUGGAAAAACCUCCGACUACCUGCUGCUGGGAAAUUGCGUUUACACUUUUGUUGUGAUCACAGUUUGCCUGAAAGCUGGAUUGGAGACAUCCUAUUGGACACUGUUCAGCCACAUAGCCAUAUGGGGCAGCAUAGCCCUCUGGGUGGUGUUCUUCGGAAUCUACUCGUCGCUGUGGCCAGCCGUCCCGAUGGCGCCGGACAUGUCCGGAGAGGCAGCCAUGCUAUUCAGCUCUGGCGUCUUCUGGAUGGGCCUGUUGUUCAUUCCGGUGACCGCCCUCCUGCUCGAUGUUGUGUACAAAGUAAUCAAGAGAGCCACCUUCAAAACCCUGGUGGAUGAGGUUCAGGAGCUGGAAGCGAAAUCUCAAGAUCCAGGAGCUGUAGUGCACGGAAAAAGCCUCACCGAAAGAGCCCAACUUCUAAAGAACGUCUUUAAGAAGAAUCACAUGAACCUGUACCGGUCGGAGUCUCUGCAGCAAAACCUUCUCCACGGGUACGCUUUCUCCCAGGACGAGAAUGGAAUCGUGUCCCAGUCCGAAGUCAUCCGAGCGUACGACACCACCAAACAGAGAGCGGAUGAGUGGUGAGGGGUCGCGGCCCGCCGGGGAGACUGGCCGCCCCCACCCCCUUCGCCAUGUCCGGUGCUCCCGACGACCGUGACGUUUUCCCUGGAGCCGGUUGGCACUCUCCGGCGCCUGAGGUGAAAGGAAGACCCGUCCCGAUCUCGUCAUACGGAGUUUGGGUUUGUGCCUCGCCCAGACACAGGUGCUGUGUGCUGCUCCCUAAGCCCCACCCUCCUCUGAAGCUCCCACCCAACUCUUUGCAUAGCCCCUGCACCAGAAGAGGGGGAUGACGAACACUGAUUUUACAGCCAGCUGGUGUCCAUGUGGUGUCCACGUAGCUCCUGGCCAGUCGCCAGCCACCUCAUCCGCUCUGCUGAGAGAGCCCAGUGGUCACGGAGGAGGACCUGGUGAUUAGGAGACUCAUGUGGGCAAGGAACCAUCAUUUUCCCAGGCUCGACUCCCCCUGCUGAGCAAGGCCUCGCAACGGGGGGUCCGCAGGUGUGCGCCUGUGCGUGCGCAAGCGCGGGUGUCCGUCUCCCCCGAUGAAUGUGCUUUUCCAGAGACAUUGCAGUCACGCCUGUUUCGUCGCAGGCGUCCUUGGCAGGGGAACCUAGGAGGAAGGGGGUUCGCUUCUAACCCUGCUGGCAGAUCUGCAAGAGGCAGGUUUCAGACAGCGUUGCAGAGGCAGGUGGCCGCUCUGGCACUUGCUGCAGAACUCUGGUGAUUUUGUACCUUUGGCCUUAGAUGUCUGCUUCUCUUGGUUUUUGUGUGUGGUCCCGUUGGUGUUCCCCUGCAGCUUCAAUGGGUCUGUCAUCUCUUAGUGUGUCAGAUUGUUUAUGCUGAGUUGCACUCGAGGCUUGCCACUCCUUCAGGGGCUGUGCCCAUCACUAAGCUGGCCGGGUCUCUUCCCCCCUACCCUCCCUGAGGUGGGUCCCUAGCCCUCCCGUGGUGCCCAUGUGGGUAACUCCAUGCUCUUUAUCCUGCAUCCCACACAUGAGGCUCCUGAUGCCUCUCUCCAUUGAACUCGACUUCCUGGUGCCAGCGGGUCCCGAGGGGGGGAGACCCCAGCCGGGGGAUCGGACUUGGAGAGGUCUGGGCCGAAGGAGGAGUGUGCCACUCCGUUUCAGGCAGCUCCAUCUUCUGGGAGCCAGUUGGAUGGUGCACCCACGGCAACACUCUGCUGGGUUCCCCCAGCCUCCACAGGGAAGCGGCUGAAGAUCUGAGUGAGUCCAAGAAGCAAGCUCCCUCCCUGGUUGUUCCAAAACCCACAGACUCAGAACCAUUCAGGGAACGAAAGGUGGGUCUCCUCUAGGCUAAGCGUACGGCAUCCAACUGGUCUUCUGGGCCUGGCCGGGGUGGGCCAGAGAGCAUUCCGUCUCCACUGGCAUCCUGCUUCCUCUUCUAUCUGGACUUACAGGAUGCCAGGCCUCCAUUAUUCUCAUGCUCGGGGGAUGCCUUGGCUCCUCAGCUUCCGGUGAGGUUGGGAGAGAUCCCUCCCCUUCCCCAUCCUCUCCCUCCUAUGUCCCAGGAACUCUUUCGGCCCCUCAGGGUGAGCCGGGAAAUCCCAGCGGCCCCGGCACCCAACUAACGUCUUGCUCGGUGAUGCGGAGAAGAGAGAACCCUGAUGUGGCAGUUGGUUGAGUGUGGUAGAAUCUUUCCUUAAGAACCCACCCUGUUUCUCCCUUCCGGGAAGAGAGAGGUAAACAGGCAGACAGACGCAUCCUGAAGAAGCUCUGAUGUCCCUCAGUGCCCCCAGGGGUGCCCAAAUUCCUGGCCUCUGGGGCUCUGCGAAUGCUCCCCAGGAGGUGACAUUUGGCCUGAAUUUCUUUCACUGUGCCUGUUGCUUGACAUCCACAAAAUACAUGAGUCACACACUGGUCUUCCCUCUCCCUUCUUACCCUAUCGAUGGCCCAGAUCUCAAUCUGGAAAGGGUCAGUGGGAAGUGGGCUCAAAGGAAGAAUUCCUCUCAUGAAGCCAAGCUCCAGGAAGACAAGAUUCUUCCUUAACCGGGCUGACACCCUCUAAGUCCCCCACCUACAGCAAGCUGUAGAUGACCAGUGUCGCCGAUCAAUUUCACAAACCAGCAAAAUGGUGGGGUCCAGCUUAGGGUGAUAUAUGUGGACCCCCGAGAGCCGAAGUUUCCAUUUUUAUAUUUGGGGUUCUUAAAAACUCCCAGGGGAAGCCCCCAAAAUCACCCCCACGUCACGGGAGCAUGGAGAAAGCUCCUGCGUUGGCAGGGUCAAGCCAGAUGGGCAACCGCCACUCUUACGUGCCCUUUUCCAUUCCGAGAAUUUCAUUGUGAGGACGGAGCCUCAGGAAUCUUGGCACCGCUGUGGGUAUCGCUUUUGUCUUGUUGCCUUCCGACAGGUCCUGCUUGUAAAUGUAUUUGGCAAAUAAUUGUCAGCUGUUUUCUACUUCUCUAACACCUGCGUUAAUGCUUUCGAAGGUCUGAAAAUUUCUCCAAAGCCCCUGAAGCUGGCCCUGUCCUGGGACACUGUGCCCAUUCAGGUGACUUCAUCGGUGGUAUUUAUUGAACACCUCCAGUGUGCAGAGUACUCUGCUAAGCUCUAAGAAGCGGGCGAUAGAGUUAGUAGAUAUAAUCCCUGUCCUCGAAGAGUGUAAAUCUUAGUGCAACUGGAUCGUCCUGGAGUAAUGACCACCCAGUGGUCCUGGAAGGCACACAGCAAAUGGCUUCUCUUUUCUUCUUCAUCUCAAAGUCUCUUUUUUCAGGAUUGGCUCAGUGGGAUGAGUGUGGUUUGUCUCCAUAGGUCAGUCUUGUAAAGUGCCCUACACUAGUAAGUGCUUGUCUAUGAACACCACGAACUAUGUCUGGCUUUCCACGCCAGCUCAGGUUAGGUCUGGGGAGCAGCAGACAAAGGGGUUCCCUUGUACCCUACUCAUUGUGGGCAGGGAAUGUGUUUGUUUAUUGUUAUAGUGUACUCUCCCAAGCGUUUAGUACAGUGCUUUGCACACAGUAAGCACUCAAUAAAUACGGUUGAAUGAAUGAAUGAAUGAAUUGGAGCAAAAUUUGUGGCGGUGUAGCCCCCUGGAAUCUUUCAUGAGAGCGGAAAGCUGUUGGCAGGGGUAUUGGAGGGGGAGGGCUUGUUCCUCCUGAGUAUCGUUGGGGGGGGGGGGGUCUUAUUUACUUUCAUGGGAAAGUAGCAGCUCAUCGCCCUCGGGCUGGGGCCGCAUUGCAGGAACACAGAGGCCGAAGGCAGCCAUGCCAGCUUUUUCUACUUCGAGCUUCGUUCGAACCCUCACACGGUUCGAUAUUUGUAUAAUAAAACAUGAAAACUGCCAUGAAAGCAGCGACUGGGGCAGAAUUCGUUAGCGUAUCGGGCCCACGAGGUGUUUCUCCCGGAGCCGUCGGGGAGAUUGAGCCGGGAGAGGAGGGGCGAGGCUUUGGGCUCCUUUGUUUUGGGUCACUUUCUCGGGUUUUGUCCCAAGUUGAUGUCGCGCACGCAGUGUUUUAGAAAUAGUUCGGAACUUUUCCAAGUGGCCCGUUCUCUGCCGUGGCUCUGUCGUCGGCUUUUGGGGAAUGUGCAUGUUUUGAACUGCAACUUUUACGUGUUUUGUCAUUAAUUGUUAUUAAAAAUGGAAUAAACUUGGCCAUUGAAUAAA